UUUUCUCUGAUUUGCGUUUGCUCUUCAGGAUAUUCAUAGAUUCGAUACAUAAAGCUACCUCGGGGAUUGUUGACUUUUUCAAAAUCGGUCAUUUUUAAACGUUCAGUCUUCAUCGCCACCUCUUGCCCAACCUCAAUACUUAGCGUUACUAUUUAUCAAGCAAAAUCAAUCAACAUCAAAAUGGCAUCCGCAACCGAAGUCAAGUCAUUCCGCCAAUUAGUCGGAGCACCACCGUCGACUGCAUCGCCUACGGAUUCGACUUUGAUUAUCAUCGACGCACAGAACGAAUACGCCGUCGGCACGCUCAAAACCGUCGACGUGGAGAAUACACGCAAAGCCAUCUCGUCCCUCCUCACAAAAUACCGCUCCGGUGGCGACGGCAAAAACAUUGUGCACAUCGUUCACCAAACCCCCGCGGGCGCGCCCGUCUUCACUCCCGGGACGGCACUGGCCGAGGAAUUCGACGAACUCAAACCCCUUGCUGGGGAGAAAGUGAUUGCGAAACAAAAGGUGUCGAGUUUCGCAGACACGGAUUUGCAUGAGUAUUUGACUUCGUUGGGUGAGAGGGGGAAGAAGACCGUCAUGACGGGGUAUAUGGCUCAUGUAUGUGUUUCGACGGCGGCGAGAGCGGGAUCGGAUUUGGGGUAUGAUAUUGUCCUGCCGGCGGAUGCGAUUGGAGAUAGAGAUAUUCCUGGGUUGACGGGGAGGGAGGUUACGCAAGCGGUACUAAACGAGUUGGCGGAUGCGUUUGGAACCGUGGUGAAGAGUGAGGAUAUUAAAUGAGGAGAUGAGAUGAGAUCACAGAUGAGGAUGGAUGGUUUAUAUGUGUGUGUAAGAGAGAGAGAGAGAGAGAUAGGAAGGGAGAGACGUGAAACCGGGCUUGGUGCUUGGGUAGAAUUGAAAUCUACCAAGACGUCUGUCGUUCAUUAUCAAGAUGUGAUCAAUGUUCCUUACUUGGUUUGUGAAGCCAACAAUUAGCCAUGCAACAAG